GAGAAACACGGAAAGAUACAUUUGUCAAUAGCAGAAAUUAUCUGACCGAUUCUAUAAUCUAAAUUUCUCCAAUUUCCGUACAAAUUGUCAGACGAGGAAAACACUAUUGAAAUAUUGUACAAACAUUACGUAAACUUUUAGAAACUGUUGGAUGCGCUAAACAUUACUUUUUUGUGGCAAGCAGUACUGUUUGGCCAAUCUUUUACAUCCAAAAGGCUGUCAUUGUAUUUGUGAAUUUUCUUGUGAUUUGCUAGCGACUGCUUUGAUUUCCUCUUAAAAAGCAUAUUGUGGCUUGAUUUAACUAUGAAGCGAAUCGUCUUUAUUCUUCUGACAAAUUUGCUCUUGGUGGAAGGUCGCAAACUCUCCAUCUGGCAAGAUGAAAAAGAGCGAAAAUCAGAUCUUGAUGAGAGAGAACGAAGGAUGCCUCAGGUUCGUAUUGCUUUCAGUUUAAGUCUUCUGGUAAACAGAUAAGGUUAAUCAGUAUAUUCUUUUUAUCUCAACAGAGUUUUUCUCGUAUGAUCGCUUUUAUUCGUCUUGCUAUGGGCAUGAAUAAUACGCACAGAAAAUUUCUUGUUUUCUUAACCGAAGGGAUUCUAUAUCAGUCUGAUAGGAUAACAAAUUCUCUUUUCCCUUAUGCUACGACUCUCUAAUUCCCCUGCCACUGUUUACAGUCUUAAAACAGCUGGUAUUAGAUCAAGGUUUAGACUGAAAGGUUUCAAGAUAAAAUUAAAACGCUGCUUGGUGGAGAAAUACCUGUUUUUAUUCCUCAAAUCCCGUACAUCUUUCAAAUACAGACAAUUUCUUUGGAGUUAACGAGUACCCUUUCCAUAGUCGUGCUUAAAACUGUGAUUGCCAUUUGUUCCUCAGCCCUAAUACAAAGCACAACAGCAUACUAAACUGUUUCUAUUCUAAAUCAUCAAUAUGUUCCAAUGAUCGGUUUUACUGAACAGAUUUCCUGGUAAACGGUAUUAUGGACAAAUAAUGCUUUAACUUGACAAACGAAAACGUGAGGAGAGCCAGCCUAAUCUCCCUAGCCAGAGGCUCAUGUUAAAAACGCCCGAAAAAAUGCAAAUGCCAUGGUUUAUCCUUUGAGUCUUAGGUAAUAACUGUAAACUUACUCGUUGUUAGUAUUGCAGAUCCAACGAUGACUGUGGUCAGUCUGGUUGCUGCUUUGAGUUGACCCAUGAGUGCUUUCCGCUAAAAGGAGAAAAAGAGGCGUGUUUGCCGGAGGUAUCCAGAUGCAUACUCUAUAUAGCUGCUAUUAUUUGAUUUUCUUACGUUCCAUCUUAAAUUGUAACGACUUCAUUCUUACGGUUAGCUUUUUACAUGAAUAUCGAAAGAAGUGCUGGAUUAUAUUCGCUUUGUUUUACUUGCGUAUGACUUUCGUGUAGAAAACUCCUCUCAACCAAUCAGACAGAAAACUGAAAGCAAACGUGUAUUAACAGUCACUCAUGUUUUCUGGCUUUGAUUCUUGAAGUGUUACGUAUAUUAUGUCCAAGUUAUACCACUGAAUCCAGAGAACAGUUAUUUUCCAUUAUAACACUUCCUUUGUGAGUAAAUCAAGAUGUUUGCAGAAGUUUUGUUCUCAACAGUUCAGAGGACGAGCUCUUAAAGCUAAAUGUUUUAUAAUUAUAUUUGACUGAUUCAAGAAGUUUAUUGAAUUUUGGGGAUUCUCGAACUCCUGAGAUCUGAACAAUCCCCUUCAACUACCACUCUCAUGGUGACAUUUCCAGUUAACACCCACGAUUUACUAAAUGUCACUAUUCUUAUGAGGUUUCUCACAGAAAAUGAGUUUAAAUUGUGAGGUUAGAUCAUAUAAACGUUAAUCACUCCUUAUAGUGGCCGAAGAACUCUGUUAUAUUUAGCCAGCAGGCAAAUGGUAAACUGAGUUUAAUAAUUUCUUUUUUUUCUCUCCCCAGUCCUGUCCAUGCAAGCCAGGCCUCUCGUGUACUCCUAUCGGAAAGUACCCAGGUCAAUCGUUUUACCAAUGCUUGAAACCCAAAAUUCAGCACGACCCCGCUAACAUGGCCUGACCUGCCGAACAAUAAAGCGCACUCCACAUCUAUCUGUUUCAUUCAGAUAUGUAUCAAUAAAUGUG